GUAGUCCCACAGUGUGGUCUCUUCCCAGUGAAAUUCCCUUUUUCUUUCUCCCAGAGCUGCAUUAUAAAGCGCUACUGUGAGAAGAGAUUCGUUCCCAAAUACCUUGCAACUAUUGGUAUCGACUAUGGCGUCACCAAAGUACAAGUCAGAGACCGAGAGAUCAAAGUGAACAUCUUUGACAUGGCAGGGCACCCAUUCUUCUACGAGGUGAGGAAUGAGUUUUACAAGGACACGCAGGGAGUCAUCCUGGUCUAUGAUGUUGGACAAAAGGAGUCUUUUGAUGCUCUGGAUGCGUGGCUGGCUGAGAUGAAGCAGGAGCUGGGCCCCCACGGGAACAUGGACAACAUUGUCUUCGUUGUCUGUGCAAACAAGAUUGACUGCACAAAGCACCGCAGUGUGGAUGAAAGCGAGGGGCGGCUGUGGGCAGAGAGCCGGGGCUUUCUUUACUUUGAGACAUCAGCACAAACAGGAGAGGGAAUCAAUGAGAUGUUCCAGACGUUCUACUCUGCCAUAAUUGACCUGUGUGACAACGGGGGGAAGCGUCCCCCCUCCAGCAUGGGGGUCGGCUUCACUAAAGAGCAGGCAGACGCCAUUCGUAGGAUCCGCAACAGCAAGGACAGCUGGGACAUGCUGGGAGUCAAGCCUGGAGCCACCAGAGACGAAGUGAAUAAAGCCUACAGAAAGCUGGCUGUGCUGCUCCACCCUGAUAAAUGUGUGGCUCCUGGGAGUGAAGAUGCCUUCAAAGCCGUGGUGAACGCCCGAACUGCACUUCUCAAAAACAUCAAGUAGUGAACAGAGCUGCUGAGAACUGGAAACCUUCCCUUCCUCCCAGCUAAUUCCCAGGCAGCAGCACUGUCAUGGGGCACCUCCUUCUUCCUCAGAUUCAUCCGCUGGCUUGGACAAAGACACUCCCACCACCAAGCAUGGGAGCAGAACCAUAGUAUGAUUGCAAUGAGUCAUAGAGGGGGCAGAGGGCUGAGGAGGGGCGAGGGACCCCCAAGCCUUCCCUGUGUUUAUGGCCUCAAGUUGGCAUAAGUGCUGAAAGCAGUGAAUUGCCCACUUUCCCAGCUCUUCUACACUUCCCACAAACUACCAGCCAUGGAGGAGGUUGGAUGUGCAGCUCUAGCCUGUGGUUGCAGUGAGGGUAGGUUCGGUUUGGUUGCAAGGCUGUGUGAGACGAAAAUGAAUGAAGGGUUAUGUAAAGGCUGAAGGUGGAAUGAGACACAUUCAAGCCUUGAGCCUAGCAUCUGGCCUGAAAGCUGCUGCACCUGAUAGUGCUGGGGUCGUGGGUUAGGGAUACUCAGGACAGCAGCCUCGAGAGCUGCAGUCCCUCAUGCUGCAUGGUCCCUCCUUCCCAGCCCUCUGCUAGCCAUCUGCACUGCUCUGACAAACUCUGGGGAGAUGCCCUUGUUCCUGGUGAGGGACUGUCCUCAGGUGUGGGUGGCCCUUGGCUAUUUGCAGAUAGAUGCCAGGUGCUGACCUCAGAGUCCCCCAUCUUCACCCACACCUCAGAGCUGCAUGUUGGAGUCGGUGAGAGUGGCAGCUGGCUCUGCAGGCCUGCUUGAGAGGAGCUGAGUCCCCGCAUGAGUUACAUCCCCAAAGGGAAUGUGUUAGGCCUGGCUAUGUAAGACAGCAUCCCCAAAAAUCCAGCACCCCAUUCACAUGUGCCAGUUCUGCCUACCUCCUUGGCCCUGUGUCUCCCUCUGGUUAGGUUAGCAGUAGAGGGGCAUGUUCUUCCUCAGCCCUGUUUUCUGACAGCACCCUGCUUUGCUGGUUGUGUUACAGGUUUGUUUCUGCCUCACUGAUCAGCAGGUGGGUCUGGGGUGCUUCCUCUUGAUCACAGCUGCUGCUUUCUUAGAAUAUUCUUGUUGAUUGGGAGAGGAGCACUGCUGGUAACCCCAGGAAGUGCUUGCAGAAGGUUGGGUCGGGCCAUUGGGAUCCUGAGAGAGGUCAGAGCCACGAUGACUGCCUGUCUCAAGUGGGAGAUCCUUGGGAUCCUGAGAUUUUGUCAGGAGACAGUUUUGUUACCUUGUUGCUGCUCUGUGAGCUUGGCAGAGAAGGACAAGACACUAAGCUGUGAAACUGAAGCCACUGAGUGAGUGAGUAAGUGAGUGAGUGAGUGAUUGUGCCCAUAUCUCACCCCCAGAAGUAUCCUGUUCAAAAGUUUAUUCCAAUGGUCAGUGCAAUAUAUAUAUAUUUUUCACUUAAA